AUGACGGUGCCCAAAGUGAGGACUCCUGGCGGCAUUAGGCCCGGAGCCGGACUCCUGGCGGCAUUAGGCCUGGAGCCUGGACUCCUGGUGGUGGUAGGCCUGAAGCCUGGACUCAUGGCAGCAAUAGGCCCGAAGCCUGGACUCUUAGCAGUGUUGGACAGCAGAAGGGCCAGGACCUCCUGGGGCAUCGACGCCGGCAUUGUUGUUCCUGGAGCGGAGAUCCUUGAGGCUCAGGAGCACCUUUGGGUCCUUGCAGAAGCCCUGAAGCCAUGCUCGAGACCCCAAUUUGAAGAGAAGAUUUAUGCUCCCUCUCUCAUCGACAGGAAGCGAAGCCGAUCGGGAUCCGUGGUGCUGCCCUACAUCAUGUCAUCCACACUGUGGCGCCACUCCACCAUCUCGGUGUCUUCGUCGGCAGCAUCGGCCUCCUCCGCUUCCUCCGAAAGCCCGUCCUCGCGCCCCACAUCUGACGGUUCCGUUUUGGACCCACUGCUCGAACACAAGAUGGAUGGGAGCCCAGGCAAAGACGAACAGAACCACAGAGCGAAUAAGUCCAGGAGGAAAGAACAGAACCUCAGUAAAUCGCAGGUCAUCUUUGAGAAAGAAACAAGGCGCGACCUCUCACCCAACAUGGCCGAAACGGUGGCGAGACAUAGGCAACUGCGUCCAAAAAGUCUUCCGUUUGGCGAUCGGUGCCAGUCUUCGAUGCAAAUCUACGCCCCGCAGCCGGUGCCAACGCAGAUCACAGCAGCAGACACCAUGCGGACUCUGAGUUACCCCGCGCUGCAGAGAGACCAGGAGAACUCACUGGGUUCUUGUGACAGUCCCCCGCGGCCCCCUCCAAAGAACAAACAUUACGAAAAUGGGAGCCAGAGGGAUACGACCGAGGGUGCCCCGCACGUGCCAGAGAAGUGGGUUCCGCAGCCGCCGACCCCCCCUCCAAAGCUGAGGAGGUCACAGCCGCUCUUUCAGCUACCCAGCCCCGGAGGGGAGUGACCGAGGGCAAAGGGGCAUGGUGCCACCAAAACACUCUCCCUCUGUCUGUGUGUGAGUGUGUGCGUGUAUGCGUGUGUAUAUGUGUAUGUGUGUGUGUGUAUAUGUGUGUGUGAGAGAGAGCG